GGUCCUCCUACUUUGAUGGAUUAUACACUCGAGCCUAACGUGACAGGAACUGAAUACUACUAUCCGGAUAUCUCCUCAAGCCCCUGCGAUGGGGAAGUUAUCCCAACAGACAGAAAGUUGCUUCUUGCCGUCUUUUACUGCCUCCUGUUUGUAUUUGGUCUUUUUGGGAACAGCUUGGUCAUCCUGGUCCUUGUCAUCUGCAAGAAGCUGAAGGGCAUCACAGACAUAUACCUCUUGAACCUGGCCUUGUCUGACCUGCUUUUUGUCUUCUCCUUCCCCUUCCAGACUCAUUACCACCUCUACCAGUGGGUGUUUGGAACUGCCAUGUGUAAGGUGGUCUCUGGCUUUUAUUACAUUGGCUUCUUCAGCAGUAUGUUUUUUGUCACCCUCAUGAGCGUGGACAGGUACCUGGCGAUUGUCCAUGCUGUGUAUGCCAUGAGGGUGAGGACAGCCAGAAUGGGCACAGUCCUGAGCCUGGCGGUGUGGCUGACCGCCGGCAUGGCCACCAGCCCACUGGUAGUAUUUUACCAAGUGUCCUCAGAAGAUGGUGUCCUACAGUGUUAUUCGUCUUACAAUCAACAGACUUUAAAGUGGAAGCUCUUCAUCCAUUUCGAAAUGAAUAUCUUAGGCCUGCUCAUCCCAUUCGCCAUCCUCCUGUUCUGCUACAUUAGCAUCCUGCACCAGCUGAAGAGUUGCCAAAACCAGAACAAGACCAAGGCCAUCAAGUUGGUGCUCAUUGUAGUCAUUGCAUCUUUACUCUUCUGGGUCCCCUUCAAUGUGGUCCUCUUCCUCACUUCUCUGCAUGACCUGAGCAUCUUGGAUGGAUGUGUCAUGAGCCAGCAGCUGACUUACGCCACCCAUGUCACAGAAAUCAUUUCCUUCUCUCACUGCUGUGUGAACCCUGUUAUCUAUGCUUUCAUGGGUGAGAAGUUCAAGAAGCACCUCUCAGAAAUAUUUCAGAAAAGUUACAACCACAUCUUCCUUUUCUUAGGGAGACCAAUCCCCAAGGAAUACAGGGAGAAAUCACUCUCCUGUCAGCACUCCUUCCGGUCCUCCAGCACCGACUACGUUCUGUGA